AUGGAUCAACCAGGCAUACAUUUAGAUGCCUUCGCACGCAUUCGAAACAAUUGGAUCGCUACAAAAACUAUGUGGGUCCGUACCAACCACGCCUCGCCGGAUCGCCGGAUCGCCAAAUUCGGACAGGAGCGCGCCAAGCCAUGCUCUCACAAAAAGCCACGUCUUGGCGUCCUUAAGGACGCCAAGAUCAUGAGCCAUUUAAAAAGAGCGGCAGCUGACUCUACCAAGUUGAUUACACGAUCUGCGUGGCCAGAUCUGGACACCUCGCGUAGGAAGGAACUCCAGCAGCAACCACUCAUCAUUCAAGAACUACAAGAUGCCCAUUUUCAAGAUACGAUGGAUCGCAGUGAGAUUAAUCAUAUUUUGUGA